AGCGUUCAGUCGGCAUGAGUGGAAAAUCCUGCUCUGCGUUUAAGAGGAAUUAGGAGAAACAUGAACAUCUUUUCCCCGUUCGUUUGGAUCCUGGACAUUUUUCAGUGGACUCCUUUCGAUUCAAAUCCAGUUGAUUGUUUUCUUAAAGGGCUGGUAGGAGCCUGUGGAGUUUCAGUCCUCUAUAAUCUGAUUAGAGUUCACAAUUUCGUUCAAGCGUGCAGAGAUCCUGACACCCAAAGUGGGCACAGACGGAGGUCGUCUUCCUCCACAAGUCCUCUGAGGAGGAAAUGGAGAGCGGCGGUCCAGUUCUGGGGUCUGACCGGCGUCCUCUCUCUGGUGGGCUGCAGGGUUUCCUCUCUCAUCGUACUGGAGUUUUCCCUCAGAGCCGUUUCUGCAUUGGCCUCCGCCAGACGGGGCGUCGGGUCCAGAGCUCUGGAGUUGCUCCUGAUCCAGAGCCAGUUCUCUCUGGGCUGCAGCCUCACCUGCACUCUGGCCUUCAUCCACCAGGGGGCGCUGCACAGCUCCUUCGGCCUUCUCCUGGCCGCUGCGCUCAGCUGGGCAUUUGCGAGCUACAGCAGCGGUCUUUGGCGCCAUGUGGCCAGGCUGUUCCCGCUGCACAGGACCGAUGGUUACUGCGGGAAGUGCAUCAACCUCCUAACCUCUGGACACACCAUGCUGGCCUCGCUUCGCAGGGUGGUUAUCUUGGCCUUUGGCGCAGCAGCUGUGGCUUCCACCACCACGGUUUACGAGCACUUCUUAUCCCAGAAGGACGCGAUGAAGUUCUGGACUCUACUCACUCUCUGCUACACCAUGUUGGUGGCCUACAACCAAGAGGAACAACAUCGGCUGAGCAUCACAGAGACCCUGCUGCGCACCGUGGCGCUGCGACUGGGAGGCCUGCUGGUUCUCAUGCUGGCAGUGGGAAACUGGACAGACGUUCUCCACAUCCUCGUCGCUUUCCUGGGAGAAGGAGUCUGUCUGCUGCCCUCUGAGGAUCUGCUGCAGGCUGCGUUAAAGAAAGAACGAGAAAGCAACCAGGACAAACAGAAGACCUGCCACAGGUCAAACAUGAGAACACACCAUCGUGAGUCAGAGGAACGGGCUCAGUGUUUCUAGAAAUGCUCUGAAUUUAGUUUUGAAUUGGUGAGUGGUAUCUGAAAUAAAGUUUGGACAAGAAGGAGAAGGAGAUAGUUCUGAGUAUGUAGUUGGUAGCCAAAGGAAAACAUUUCUGUUUCCUUUCAGGCUGAAAGAAUUAUUGAAAAUUUCUUAAGUCUUAUAUCUUAGUCAAACUUCUUAUGGACAUGAAAACAUAUAAAAAACUAAAAACGUUCUGAAUGCAUGCACCAGAUUUAUUUUAGUUGAAGUCGUGACUUUUUUACACAAUUCACCUUUGAAUAUUUCUGCAGAAAAAGGAAAUUCUUAAGCAUACCGUCACUGAAGUCUCGCUCUACCUCCAUGGUUCCCUGAUUGCUCCCACAUGUUAUCAACUUUUUCUCUACUACAUGAGCUCACAGGAAAACCUUUUAAUCUUAUUUCUUGCCCAGCAUCUUGCAGGACCAGAUGCUUUCAUGAGAAACUUUCUCAUAAAACAACAAUAUCCAAGUUUUUAGCAGUAAAAUAACACGGGACAAAGGGCUAUUCUGUCUUUCCAGGAGUAGCGGAUAUUACCGCAGCUCUGAAUUAUGCUACUGUACAUUCAGUCGGUCAAUUGAUCUGUCAUCAUCGAUCUGAGGCGAAUUCUUCACCUUCCCAGGGGACAAUCAUUAUCAUACAUACAAACAGAUGUGGGCCUCCUUUUAUAACUAUAAUUUAUUUUCACUCAGAGAUGAGAAUCAUUGAGAAAAUUACAAUGAGCAAUUUAUGCAAUCUAAGGCUGCAAGUCAUUAUUAUUGUAGCAAUCAAUCAGGUUUAACUUCACAUUCUGCAGAUUUUUCAUUAAAGCUUUUUUUGUAUAAAACUAUAAAUACAACAAAAGAAGCAGGUGAAGAUACAGCUAUGCCGCUUUGGGUAGAAUACAUUUACAGACAGGUAUAUUUUUUACUUAAAUGCAAAAUGUAUAAGAUUUUUGUACAUUUUUUGGUUUAAUUACUGCUCUGAGAAUGUCGUUCUUUCAGAAAUUUUUAUUUUAAAAGUCUGUAUCCUUCAGUUGAUGAUUAAUCAAUGACUAAAUCAGUUAACAAUUAUUUCAAUAAUCAAUUCACCACAUUUCAGCAAAGAGUAAAUGUAUUUGUGAUUAAACAACUGUAUGUUCCUACUUGAAAGAAAUAUGUGUAAGUAGCAAUGAAGAGAAAAUGUAAAGACUGAUAAUAAUAAUAAUAAUAAUAAUAAUAAUAAUAAUAAUAAUAAAGU